ACCAUCGAAAUGACUCAGGAGCAGUAUAUCCUGGCAGCACAGCCCAACUCUCUGCACCAACGGGGGUCGUCGGUAUGCGGAGCCCAGAUGUACCACGCGGUGGGAAUCUACGGCUGGAGGAAGAGAUGCUUGUAUUUCUUUAUUCUCCUCCUUGUUGUCACCAUGAUUGUCAACCUGGCUCUAACCAUCUGGAUACUCAAAGUCAUGAAUUUCACUCCGGAAGGAAUGGGCAAUCUGCGAGUGACCAAAGAAGGGGUGAGACUGGAGGGGGUCUCAGAAUUCCUAUUGCCUUUAUAUGUCAAAGAAAUCCAGUCCCGAAGGGACAGUCCGUUGAUCAUGCAGUCAGAUAGAAAUGUGACGAUCAAUGCAAGAACUGAUGACGGACAACUGACUGGUCAGCUCACAGUGGGUGCCGAAAUAGUGGAAGUCCAGUGUCAGAGGUUUGAGGUGAAAAGUGCCGAUGGGGAGCGAGUUCUUUUCUCUGCAGACGAAGAGGAGAUCAGCAUCGGCACAGAGAAACUCAUUGUGACAGGGUCAGAAGGAGUCGUGUUUAGCCAUUCUGUACAGACGUCACACGUGAGGGCAGAGCCCUUCCAGGAUUUAAAGCUUGAAUCCCCAACUCGUACCCUAAGCCUGGAGGCACCUCGAGGUGUGGAGGUGAAUGCUGGGGUUGGAGACUUCACGGCGUCAUGUAGGAAAGAGCUCGUGCUGCAGUCCUCAGAAGGAGAGAUCUUUCUAGAUGCAAACACCAUCCGGCUGGGCAACAUUCCCCUUGGCAGUGCAGCGGACCCUCUGGAAGGUGCAGCAGCGGGUACUACCUACACCAAACAGACGGGUGUCUAUGAACUGUGUGCCUGCGCUAAUGGCAAGCUCUACCUAUCUGCUGCUGAGAAAGGCUCCACCUGCCAAACAACUAGUAACUUUUGCCUUUGGAGUUGA